AUGUCCUUUCGAAACCACGAAGGUGGCCGGUACGGGCAAGUCCCGCCAGUCCAAUAUCCAGUGGCAGGCCAGCAGCCAGCGGAGCAGCACGGCAUGACCCGCCAAGCCAGCUUCAACUCGGGCGACGAUGGCACCUACUAUGAGGGCCACGGCCAUAACCAUUACAACCCGGCCAUAACGCACCGGCCCGCGCCCAGCGAAGAUGAUCUCUUCAUAUCGAGCCCGACCAACUACCCGCCCGGCCGGUCACCGUCUGGCUCUGGCAGCGCCCUGUCUGGAUACACUCACCAGUACCAACAGGAACAGCCGCCGCCCACGCCUUCGCACGCUGCGUACAACCCCCAGACGUUUGCCCAGCCUUCCAACUUCCAUCGUUCUCAGUCGACCAAUAUACCACUACAUCAACAGACCAUGUCGUCGCGAUACUCUGCGUCUUCGUCGAGCUCGAACAACACCUAUGCCAGCCCCCCGUCGAACAACUACGCCCCUCAGACAUACAACCCCGCCGCCUAUGCUUCCGCGGCGCCACAGCGACAUCCCACGUAUCACGGAUACAACAACAGCCAUGAUCAGUCCUAUGGCGCCGGAGCUGGGCAGGUAUCGCCGUCCUUCCCGCCUCAGUCUCCUGGCGUGCCAUAUCCUACGCACUCUCCAACAAGAGCGGCCUCAUACCAACAGACCAUGCCUACAAGUCCAUCUUCAUUCGCUACUCAGUCACAGUCCUCGGUAUAUGCCUCUCCGGGCUACGGUGCUGGAUACGGUUCCAACGGUGGCAGCCCGAGCCCCGCAGCUUUCUCUUCCAACUCUCAGGCUCCGUAUCCCACGACCUCCCACAUGCCGGCAUACCCCACGAAUGAUGGCGGUGCCUACUUUAAUAACAGGCCCGGUCGGUCGGACUCACAAGGCUCCUCCUUGGCGUCGCCAUAUAUGCAACCUCUUGGAUCUCCCGGGAUAACGAGACACCCGACAAAUGCCCCUCUGCCGAAUCGACCUAUGGCUGACCUGCCCGAGGAAGCAACCCCAUGGGAUGCCAAUGGCCGGCCACUGCCUCAACCUCAUUACCGCGACGAUGAACCCUAUGACCAGGAGAGUAUCAUGCAAGAAAUCGAAGCUGAACUAGGAAGGGGAGAUGGCCGGUCGGAGCCUCGGCCACUCCCUUCGCCACUCGCUUCCAAUGGCCAGAUGACUCUUGCCCACCACCCAUCAAGCAGGAUGGCGGCCCAACCCGUGUAUGAGGAUGGGAAUGACUCUGAUGAUCUGGAGGGAGCUGCUGGCGUCCUGGCAAUGCAGCAGGCUGAGCUAGAAGAAAGACGGUUCAGUGGAAGUACCUUCAUAUAUAAUGAUGCGCCCACCAUUGCACACCCCCCACAAUCCAACCCGCUUCCCCCGCCACCCGAAGAGCAAGAUAAUAGCAGCGAUAGUGACUUUGGGGGAUUCAUGGACCUUGGGGGCCUCAGUGGUGGUUAUGCGGGCACACUUACGUACGGCAACGAUAUUGGAAACUACACAGGCUCUUCCUUCUCACAAGAAUCAUCACGGCCUCUACCAACGCCGGGUCAAGCCCGACCUGCGCAGGUGGACUAUGGAGACACAGGUGGCCUACAGGCACCUCGUGCCAAGCGGCUCAGUUUCGACGAAGGCGACGAGAGAGUCUCCAUUCAUUCACACCUCAGUGGAACCGACUCCCCGUCAAAGGAUGACUACGAAGACCUAUUUUAUCACCCUGGCCUGUCGAACCGACCGCUACCAUCCCUCCCUCCAGCUCCGGGAUCUGACACCAGUUCCAUGACUUCUGGGCAACUUACCAGCCGCCCCGGCUAUCAUUCCUACUCUCGAAGUCAGCAGCUUGAUAAUCCAGAGAACUUUUAUGCCAAUGCCAAUAACUCUAGUAUUUCGCAUCAGCCCGAGCGAUCAGUUUCCCUGGCGGGAUACAGUCACACCCCACAGGUGCAAGCACCUGCAAGAUCAAGGACUGAUGCUGCUGAAGAGCGGAGGAAGAUGGCUAGGCAACAACAGACGACCCCCGGAAUGCCAAUUACCGAGCACGAUGCUGGCAUGAAUCCUCCCGCGGGAGGCUUUGACAGCAUUACCCUGCCCAGCGGUGGUAGAAAGAAGAAGUUUAUCCCAUCGAAACUUACGCCGACAGAUUUCAAACGAUGCCCCGAACCCUGGGCGCUUAGUGGCAUCGAGGCUUGGAUCCGUGAGAUGGCUGAAGGAGAGCUUGACCUGAGAGAGAAGCUUGUCGAGGAGGCGCUGACCAUGUUGUUUACGUACAAAGUUCCGACCAUGAACGUCGCUGAUGCUGAAGCUCUGAGCACCGCCAUACUGUCUCAGAUGCUCAAGUCCGGCGUCCUUUUGCCAGACGAAGAAUGGAUCAAGUUCGGAAAUGGUCACAUCUCGGGAGUUUUCUUCCAGUUGGCUGGGUCUGGAUGCUACGCGCCCAAGUUGCAUGAUAUCGAGAUCAGUGGCCGUUGCUAUUCCAGCCAUUGUAUGCGUACUCUCAAAAAGGUGGAUCUUGAAGGCUUGACGGAGAAACCGGCGGACGACUGGCACGUCUUUUAUAAGCUGACCAAAGAAGACAUCGAUUCUCGGUCAAAGAAGGAGGUGGAACGCCAAAACAUCUUGCACGAAAUUGUCACUGGUGAGGAGUCCUAUAUCAAGCAGCUGAAGAUCUUCCGUAUGCUGUACAGAGACGAGUUGCGCAAUAAGCAACCGCCUAUUCUUAACCCCGACAAGCGCGACAAGUUUCUCACAGCAGUCUUUGGAAAGCUUGAUACGGUAUUACGCAUCAACAAAGAUCAUCUUCUGGCGCAGCUCAAGUAUCGUCAGCAGGAGCAGGGCCCCUGGAUCGUCGGCUUCAGCGACAUCUUCCGGGAGUGGAUUCGGAAGGCCAAGACUGACUACAUUGAGUAUGCGACCCAAUACCCUCGUGCUGCGUACAUGAUACGCAGGGAGGCUGGCAAAAAUCUCUUGUUCAAGAAGUUCUUGGAAGACAAACAGAAAGACAAGGCAGGUCUGAAGCAAGAUUGGACUCACUUCCUCAUCACUCCGCUGCAGCGUCUCCAACGUUAUAUCCUCCUGCUGGAAACAGUGGAACGGAAAAUGGCGGGAGAGAGCGAAGAGAUGACGAUUCUCAAGAGAGCCAUUGAAGAGAUUCGUGUGGUUACUUUGGAAUGUGAUGGCAAGGUCGCCGAGACGAACAAGAGGGUGGAAAUGACGGAGCUCGACAGGAUGCUCAUAUUACGGCCGGGAUUCCAGGCUUUGCUGAACCUUGACCAUCUCGGCAGGGUUCUUAUAAUACAGGGUGACUUGCAGCGGUUGAGCUCAAGCGGCAUCAAAUGGGUGGACACUCAUGCCUUGUUGUUUGACCACUAUCUCAUUUUGGCCAAGGUGGUGGUCUCUAGAGAUGGCAGAGGAGAGAAGAAGUAUGAUGUUUCCAGAGAACCUAUACCAAUGCCUCUUUUAUUCCUGGAAAGCAUGAACGACGAUCCCGUUAUCAAACAGAAGGGAAUCACAGCUCCUCUGGCCAGGACAACAGCCGUCGGACCAGCUGCUGGAUCGACCACUCAGCUCAGCUCCCGGCCAGGCCUGGAGCACACUGCGACAAACUCUACGACUGGCUCAGCAACGACGCUCACGCCAACACAAUCCAAUGAUGUUGAGGGCAACAUUCUUUACCCCUUCAAGAUUAAGCAUCUAGGUCAUGAAGUGUACACGUUGUAUGCGUCAUCCGCUCGGGAUCGGGCAGACUGGUGCUCAAAGAUUGUUGAGGCGAAAACGGAACACGCCAAGGGGUUGUUCUCUCAGAAUGCGGAGCCUUUUAGGCUUCGUGUUCUUGCCGACGCUGCAUUCCACUACGACAUCAGCUCUCCUCAUGCAAGGUCUGCCGGCGUUCCGGUUGUCAAGGGCACACCGCUCGACCGGGCAAUCGAGGAACUAGAAGGCGUUCUUGGUUCUGCACAGGGCGUCGCUCCCGUAUGCCGUGCCCAAGUGAAUUGCGCUACGGCCUUUUCGGCGUUUGGCAAGGCUGUUAUUGCAAUAGGAACUGACUAUGGCAUCUACAUCGCCGACCCUUCGAACCCGCGAGGAUGGACUCGAACGGUCCAAAUCGCUAGGGUCACGCAAAUCGCCGUCUUGGAAGAGUUCAACGUGUGCGUUGUGAUUGCAGACAAGUCAUUAAUCUCCUAUCCGUUGGAUGUAAUCGCCCCGGUUUCAGAAUACGCUCCGCCGGUCAAUGAUAACCCCAGACGAGCUCCCCAGAGGCUGGCGAAGGAUGUUACAUACUUUGCAACGGCCAGGAUGAAGGACCGGACCCUGCUCUUCCACAAACGAAAGGAAGGCUUGCACACCAUGUUCAAGGUCCUCGAACCCAUCCUUCAGAAAUCUUCGGAAAAGAAGUCGCGAUUUUUUGGUAGAGGCAAGGGUGCCUCCGGAAGUGCCGAGUCAUUCCGUGACUUUGACGAGUUCUUCUUCCCCACGGAGUGUUUCUCCUUGAGUCUUUUCCAGACCUAUGUCGCCGUGUCCACAGCCAAGGGUAUCGAGAUGUUGACGCUCGACAAGAAACAACCCAUCUCCAUCCCGGAUCUCAAAGCACCGGCAAUUGCUAAUAUUGCCAAUCGUAUCCGAGAACAGCACCCAUUGGGCAUGUUCCGGUUGAACGAGAACGAAUUCAUCCUAACGUAUGAAGAUUGCGCUGUGUAUGUCGACAAACACGGUGACGUCAGUAGGACUCUCAUCAUGGAAUACACGGGCAAGCAGAAGAAGGCCAAGGGCGCAACCAUGUACGGACAGUACCUGAUUCUGUACAACGAUGACUACGUCGAGGUUCGAAAUGCCGACAACGGGCGGUUGCGGCAGAUCAUUGCUGGGCGGGACGUGCGACUGAUCGACUUUGGGGUCCGCGGCCCGACUGGAGACAACGCGGCCCAGGCGUCGCAAGUGUAUGGACACAAUGGCGGGCUGUCCACGGCGGGUGACGUUUCUAAGGGAACCGUCAAGAUCGCCAUGUCGCACCCGGAGCUGUCUGGAAGACAGAUCAUUCUGGAGAUGCUUCUCAAUGACGGACACGUCGAGUAA